AUGCUCUCGCCUAAGACACUCGUCAGCCGAUGCAGCGAGAAGUUGCAGGAGAAGAAGACGGCCACCAAGCGUGCAUUCUCCAGCCGACAAGACUUCAUCCGUGCACUCGAGACCGAUGAGUCUGCGUACGGUCGCGAAUCCGAACGAACAAUCUGGAAGAACGAGGAUUUGGAUUUGACACCGCCAAAGCAAUGGAGCUGGGGGUGGUAUGACUACGCCGCCUUUUGGUGGUCCUACGGCUUCAGCGUCGGUGUCUGGAGCGUCGGCUCCAGCAUGGUCGCCAUGGGUCUACACACAUGGCAGUCCAUCAUAUGCGUCUUCAUUUCGCAUCUCUUGGGUGCAAUAGCCAUCGCAUGGCACAGUCGGAUAGGCGCCAAAUGGCACUGCGGCUUCCCUGUGGAAUGCCGCGUGUCUUGGGGAAUGUACGGCUCCUUCAUUCCCGUGGCCAUUCGUCUGCUGGUCGGACAGAUCUGGGCAUCUGUCUUGCUCAUGCAAGCGGGAUACUUCCUGUCGGUUCUCUUCCGCUGUGUGUUCGGAUCGGCCUGGCAUGACUUGCCCAACACCCUGCCAAAGAGCGCAGAUAUCACCACGCAGAACCUGAUCUGCUUUAUCCUUUUCGUGGUCUGCUCGUCGCCACUGCUGCUCAUACCGCCUCAUCACAUGCGGCGAAUCUUCACCAUCAAGUCUAUCUUGUUGCCACCUGUCGCCAUCGGACUGUUCGCAUUCUGCAUAGUGCAGGGCCGGAACGCAGCUGGGUCAUCUGGCACGUUCAGCACACCCACGAAGACUUUCGGUUCAAAGUCCGCCCUGGCGUGGGCAAUGCUGUCGGCUAUCAACUCGUGCAUGGGCAAGACUUCGACACAGGCUGUCAACCAGACGGAUCUGGCGAGAUAUGCAAGGACGGCACAGGCACCAUUCUGGUCUCAACUCAUCGCCUUGCCAAUUGGCAACACGCUCUGUGCGACGCUAGGUAUCUUCGCCACAUCCGCAACCCAACGUGCCUGGGGCGGCGCCGCCAUCUGGAAUCCCUGGGACCUGUCCAACGAGAUCCUCGACCGUCACUGGAAUGCUGGCGCCCGCGCUGCCAUCGCCUUUGCCAGCAUGGGAUGGAUUUUGAGCAUCUGGGCCUCUAACAUUGGCGUUAACCUCUUUCCGUUCGGGGCGGAUGUCACGGCUUUGGCACCCCGUCUCGUGAUCAUGCCCUGGAAGAUUCUCAAGUCUAGCACCACAUUUCUCCGCUUCUUGGGUGGCUACUCCAUUUUCCUAGCCCCCAUGGUAGGCAUCUUCAUCACGGACUACUUUGUCGUCCGGAAGGGCAACUUUUGGCACCGCGAUCUGUUCGAUCCGAGAAAGGGGACCGCGUACCGCUACCACGGCGGAUUCAGCUGGCGCACUCUGGUUGCUUUCACAAUCACGGUCGUCAUCCUGGUUCCUGGCUUCGCGGCGCAGUUCCCGGCGAACGCUGGUAUCGCUGUUGGAUGGAAGCGGAUAUAUAGUCUGGGCUGGGUGUUGGGAUGUACGAUCAGCAGCGUGCUCUACUGGGCGCUGGCUGUGGGUCUCGGGAAGGGGAAGUUCUGUGAGAAGGAGAGGAAGAUGGGCUUCGAGGAAAGCUAUCUACUGCAAGAGAUGUUUGAAGAGGAGCCGGUGAGGCAGGGUGAGGGAAUAGGGAGUGACGCGGAUAAGGCAGGGACCACGAUUCAGGGAGUCGCUGUGUCGCCUGAGGAGAGCGUCCCUAGGGAUAGGGACCUCGAGAAAGCCAGGUCAUGA